AGUAAUUAGCAUGACAAACCAGUUAUGUUGCAAUCCUCCCGUCGUGUGGUACUCUUCUUCCUCCACUUGCACUUCGUUUAAGUUAGAAGUUGUCGUUUGCCGUACAGCCAGGAUGCAGACGGCGUCGGUAUGUGGUCAAGGCGAUAAAAGCCAGUUUCAAGAGUUCCUGCGGGUGACAAAACAGUACUUGCCUCACCUGGCACGUCUGUGUCUCAUUAGCACUUUCCUGGAGGACGGCAUCCGCAUGUGGUUCCAGUGGCAUGACCAGCGGGACUACAUCGAUGCCACAUGGAGCUGUGGCUACUUCCUGGCGACGUUAUUCGUGCUCAUUAAUCUAUUAGGCCAGCUCGGCGGCUGCAUCCUCAUCCUCAGUAGAAAUUUUGUACAGCAUGCCUGCUUUGGAUUAUUUGGCAUAAUUGCGCUACAGACUAUUGCCUAUAGCAUUUUAUGGGAUGUAAAAUUUUUGAUGAGAAACCUGGCCUUAGGUGGUGGUCUCCUGUUGCUGCUAGCCGAGUCACGUUCAGAAGGGAAGAGCAUGUUUGCCGGCGUGCCGUCAAUGGGCGAGAGUUCGCCCAAACAGUACAUGCAGCUGGGCGGCCGCAUUCUGCUGGUUCUCAUGUUCAUGUCUCUGGUCCAUUAUGACACCAGCUUCUUCUCUAUCCUGCAAAACCUGGUGGGCAUCGCCCUCAUCAUCCUGGUGGCCAUCGGCUUCAAGACCAAGCUGGCGGCGCUGACGCUCGUCUUGUGGCUGUUGGCAAUGAACGUCUACUUCAACGCCUUCUGGACCAUCCCUGCCUACAAGCCCAUGCAUGACUUCCUCAAGUAUGACUUCUUCCAGACCACCUCUGUCAUUGGAGGCCUGCUGCUGGUGGUGGCCCUUGGGCCCGGCGGCGUGUCCAUGGACGAGAAAAAGAAAGAGUGGUAAGGAGAGGGGAAAAAAGCAAACGAAUACUGUACACAGCACCACCGACCGGGACUCAGACACCCCCCAAUCCCUCUUGCUCUGUCUGUUGGUUCACCUGGAUACACAGGGUUUACUCUAUAUGUUAUCAAUUCUUUUUUUUUUUUUUUGGGCCAAACCAUUACAUGGUGAUCAACCUUGUUUCUUUGUCAUGCUUCUCCUUCGAACAUGGUUGUAUUCAUUCUAAAGCAGUCUGCUAUUCCCAACGAUAAGAAAGUGAAAUCGGCCCGUAUAUUUCAAGGUAAAAUUCUUUUAUUUGUCCUGUGAAUAAUUUAAGACAAACCUGUUGUAUUGACGUCAUCGUGGAUAAGGAUUUCCCCAACUUUUUGUCGACCUGAGAGUUGCAAUGACUUUCCUCAAGAUCCCAAUUUUGCUAAAUAUGUUGUCAGUUUAUUAAUGAUUAGGAACUCAGAGGUGAAACAAAAAUGGCCUUAUGUUAUGAAAAAAGUUUUGCUUGUUUGAUGACCCCUCCCCUCCCCAAAAAUGUAGUCUUGACAAUCAGGGGACACAUUAAAAUUUGAAGUUUGGGAACUCCUAUUGCAUGAUGGACCUUCAUACUUUGCAAAGAGGAGUAAAAGCAGUUAAGUUGGGGAUGAUGAUCAUGUCCAUAGUGAGAAUUGUGGGGGCACUUACUGUAAUUGACUGUGACUUACUGGGACUCUCCAGGUGUCACGUCCUGCCUUGCAUUCAGUUGUGUACCCUCAAGCCAAACAACUGACUGACAAGCCAUGUUUGUCGUGCGGUUGUGUGGGGAGGGUUGACAUGAAGUAAAAAAAAAAAAAGGCGAAUUGCCAUGCCCCAUUGUAAAAUCACAUCAUGAUUGUUGAAGCCAGGACGCAUUGCUUCUGUAUCUCGAGUGAACUGUGUAUAAUGUAAGGGCAGGGUUUGGUGUUACAGGUGGGAGGUGGCUCUUGCUAUGUUUUGUCGAAUGCCAUAUUCUGCGAUCUACAAACUCAAAGAGGACUAAGCAGAUGUUUUUUUUCCUCUCUCUGCUUUGUGUUUUUUGCCUUAGUUACAGGAAAAUAAAAUAUUGUAUUGAUUUUCAAAAGUUUAUAUUGUGUUUUUGUUUUUCAAAUUUGGAGAUUUAUGGCAGAAAAUAAAAUUCUAAACCAAUAAAA